AUGCUUCGUCGCCUACAUCCUCGAAUGCGCCCUUCAAGUACCGCGACAAGUAGCCAUCUCCAACUCGUGCCGGCAACCAGCGCACAGCAGCUCCACAACUUGCACCUCGACCUCCGUCGUGCUCGCCAUGUGGUGGCAGCACCACUGCGCCAUGGCGUUGGUGUCGCCAGGCGCUCCCCAGCGGACGCCAACCCAAUCGCUCCUUCCGGCAGGCGAGCGGCGCGGAUGCACCUCGCGGACUGGGCUGGGUUGCGAGUAGUCUAUCUCAUCUUGCUUUCCUUACCAUCACUACCAAUACCUCUCCUCGUCGCUAUCAUGCCGAGCAAGACUCUAGUCGUCAUCAGCAAGACUAAGAGGGAUCCAGAGGCAACGCAGAAGGUCAGAGACGCUGCGCAUGUACGCUGGCUGUCCGCUCUCAAGCGGUGGGCGUCUGACGGAAGGGCGAAAAUAAUGGCAUCACACCCGUCUCGCCGUGCCCUAGGCGCGCGGGACAACCACCCCUCCCCCUCCCAUCAUCAUGAUCAACAUCAUCUCGACGACGACGCCGUCGUCCCGGGUAGCCGCUUAGACGGUCUCACCCGUGAAUCCGCUUUCGUCCUCGGCAGCAGCGACGACGACGACGAAGGCAAGGAGCAGCAAUCAACGCCCGCUCAGGGCCGAGCUAACCAGCGUGCGCAGCCCCCACCAGAUACAGCUGCAGCUCACUUCCCGCUCCCCGCGUAUACACCCUCUCUGCCUCGUUCCUUGGGUAGAGCGAAUCAGCGUGCGCAGCCCCCCCCCCCACAGGGUACCGCUGCCGCUUCCUUCCCGCUCCCCGCGCAGGGUCACUCAUACACUCCCUCGGUGCCCCGCUCGCUAGGUAGAGCCAACCAGCGUGCUCACAUCCCCUCGGGUCAAGCACCUGGAUCUGCGUCGCUCCCCGCUCAGGGUCGAGCACCUGGAUCUGCGUCGCUCCCCGCUCAGGGUCGAGCGACUGGUCUACCGCCGCUCCCCUCGGGUCGAGCGAGUGGUGCUACGUCGCUCCCUACGGGUCAAGCACCUCGCCAAGCGUCCCUCCCCUCGGGUCGAGCUGAUGGUCCUGCGUCGCUCCUCGCCAAGGGUCGAGCAGCUGGCCAAGCAUCGCUCCCCGCCAGGCGUCGAGCAACCGGUGCUGCGUCGCUCUCCUCAGACGAAGCAUCGGGUCUGGCCACGCUGCCCACCGCUGGCUUCGCUGGCCUCUUCGUACCUACCCCUUUCGACGAUGGGAGGACGGAGAUUAAAGGCAGCGAUGGCAAAGAUGCGCUGAGCUUCACGGCCGCCGCAUCGACUGCGAGCACGUCAGCGCAGCUCGGCGGGGCUCACGCCAGGAAGCGCAGGGCUCAAAGAUCCGCAGCCUCGCUCGCCGUCGUCGACGAAGACUUCGCGGCUGAGCUCGACGACGCCGAAGACGAUGGUGAGGACGACUUCGUCCCGCCUACCUCCGGUUCGAAGCGCAAGCGAGGCCCAGCUGCGCCGAAGCCGGCAGCAGGAGCAGAUGAUGCGUCCUUGCCCGCUGACUCGCCCAGCAACCAAGCGCACGCAGGCAGCGCUGUUGCUUCUUCUUCCAAGGCCCAACUCGAAUCGGGUGAGGCGAAGAGCAAGGCCAAGGGCAAGAGCACGAGCAAGGCCGAAGACCUUCCCGACGAGGAGCGCACGGCCAGGCGUGAGCGUCACCGUGCCAUCACGGAAGCGAGUGGUCGUGCAAACACCCGUCUCCAGGCCAUCCCGCUCAAUACUGGCUUCAGCUCGCUGGCGGAGCACAAGGGCCGUCCCCUGGAAGUCCUGCCGCGAUGGGUGCGCCCCGUACCGGACUGCGUCCCCUACGGCGAUGCUGUUGACCUCAGGAGCCAGCCUGGUCCUCUGCCCGCUGGCAUCUCGCCGCCAACUGGCCCGCCCGCUCGUGAGUUCGCCACUCUCAUCUGGCGCGCGCUUGAGUAUGACGACAGACACAAUUCGUACACGCCAGAGGAGAUUCGCACGCACAUCGCCAAGGCUGCGUGCCCUACGAUCGGCGAAGGGUCAGUUGCCGGUACUCCCGAGCAUUCCAGCGACGAGUACGACGGCGAAGGCGACGCCGAUGGCGAUGAUGGCGCAAGCCCACGCAGGCGAAUGACGCACACGAUCGUGCUGCCCCUGCGUACCUCGAUCGAGUUUGACGGCCGCACUGAGUCUCACGACACAGUGACGAUCGUCGUCGAGAAGACAGGCCGCCCCUGGUUCGUCGUCAAGUUGGCCAAUGCUGGGCGCACGGACGAAGUCCGCCUCGGCUUUGGCCACCGCCCAAGCAACGCUCCUGGGCCUCUGCCUCGCCUUCGCAGCUUUCCUCGCGCUGUCAAGGUUGAAUGGCACGCCAGCGUCAGUGCGCAGAAACGAGCAGAGCUGGCCAGCGACGUAGAGACUGAGCUCGAUAUCUGGCGAGGCCUGCUGGGCUCUUUCAAUGCCGCAGCGGACGAGGAGGAACUCGAUCUGCUGAUAAACUACCUCCUGGACAUCAAGGCGUCGUACACAAACGCAGUCAGCCGAUGUCCAGCGAGCGUCUACAGAGGCGGCAGGGAGCUGACGCUCAAGGAGACCGAGGCGGACAUGCGCGUCUGGGCUCGCCCAUCGGCUGAGCAGAGGGGCGUUACCAAGAGCAUCAGGACGGUGAACCGCAGCGAGUGUAUCCCAGAUGUAGAGAAGCUUAAAUGCCUCUACAACCAUCUCGCAGCCAUUCCCAGCUGGUGGAUGCGCAUGUGCAGCCACGGCCUCCUUCUCAUGGCCAAGCUCAUUCUCGAGGAGCAGUAUUGGCUCGUGGGUCAUUGCCGAGACGGAGACAUUGACUCUUGCCUUGCCUCGAUCAGCGAGCGCAUCGGCGACGGCGACAUCGGAGCCUGGGAUGUUCUUCGAUUCUUGCACAUAGGCAAGAAGACCUCGGGCCAGGUUCUGCCGCUCCUCACGACGGAGACCAGGAGCAAGGGGUGCCCUUUGCCUGGCCUCCUCAGCGGAUGCUACAGAGGCUCGCAUCUGCCCGCUCGUACGGCCACGAACCCAAAUCUCGCCUUUGCCACUCACGAGGAUGGUCGCAAAGCGCCGAUCGGAUCAACGCGCACCACGAGCUCGCAAGGACGGUCCCGAGGCUCUCUCACAGGCAUCUGGGACUACAAGCAGCCCGGCGUGCCCGGUAGCGCGGACCGGGUCGACCUCCUCACCGCUGCGCUCCCUGACAAGGGCUUCCGCAUGACCGCGCUGCCAGACGACCAGAACCGCUGGAUGGCCGAAGUGAUGCAGCACGGGUUUGACCACCCUACGCCGCCGCCUGCGCGCUCCAUCGCCGAGCGUCGUGCCUUGGAGCAGGAGCUUGGUCUUGCCGUCGACUUCUUCGGAGACUUCGACGAGCUCAUCGCGAGUAGGCUGCCAUCCUUCUUCGACUUCCGCAGCCUCGUCAACCCCGUCGUUUCCCUCGCCCACCGUGUCGAUUGCGCACUCAAGGCUGGAAUGCCCUCGGUUGACCGCAUCGCCUCGAGGAAGACGCAAAGCGGCAAAGUGGUCAAGACGAGCCACGACCCUCGCGAUGGCAAUUUGCAAUGGCUCUCUGGCUGGGCCAACAUCGCCAAGUCGUCUGACUGCAGCCAUCACGACGACGGUGAUCGCAAGAGCAAGAGCGGCGACACGCCUCACCCCAAAGUUAGCAAGGGCAACGGCAAGGGCAACGGCAAAGCCGACGAGGAGCUGGCAAUUGCUGACGGUGGCACGACCGAACAACUCCUUGCUGCUCUUCGCCGCAACAAGGCCACGAAGGAAUUCGAGUGCCCCGUUGUGGCUCCACAGACCGCCUUGGCCAACCUGCUCUUGACACUCCAAGCCUCCUUGCUUGCCAGAGCAGAAGUGGCCCAAGAUGGCAUGCGGCUUCUGCAGAACUUGCUCGACGACUUGACGCGCUGGUGCAAGUACUCUUGGCGCUGCGAAGACCUCGGCGCGAUCAGGCCACCCCCUCCCGGACCACUUACCGGUGAUGAUUGGGAGGCAGAUCAAGAGACCUCUGAAGUCGACCAGGACGACGCCGAAGCCGACGAGGAGCUGGCUGUUGCUGACGGCGGUACGCCUGAUCAAGUCCUCGCUGCUCUCCGCCGUGGGCGCGGUCGAGACGUCAAGUACCCCGUCGUGGCUCCACAGACAGCCUUGGCCAACCUCUUGUCGCUGCAGGCCUCCUUGCCGACGGACGGAUGCCCCAAGAUGGCAUGCGGCUCGUCGACACUCGCCUCUUCCCUAAACCUCGGGCCGUUGAGGCCACCACCGGCGGAACUUCUGAAGGGAGACGAGUGGGAGGCUGACUCCGAGAGCGAGCACUUCAAGCAGAGCUUGGCCAUCGGUCUCACGCCCUGCAUUCUGUACGCCGCCCUCGCCGUCAUGUCUGCGCGCGGGCAGCUGGACAAGUGCCACCUCACCGGCCUGCCGCUCAAGGACGCCAACGUGCCCAUCUCGAUCGUGGCCCAUCGAGUGCAUGGCCUGCCCUUCUCCUCCGGCCUCCGAUGUCGACCAGUAUCGCGACUCGUCGAGGAACUUCCUGGUCAAGAGCAAGGCGGCAAACUGGAUGAGGGGCAGCUUCGAUGGCGCAGUGUUCCUCAACAACAUCCAUGGGACGAGCACGUUGACCUCUUUUUUCCAACUUUGGUCACCGCAACAGUCCGCACCCAGCUGCAGGAGGUCUACAACGAUCCCGCCAACUUGGUGAAAGAUGGCGAGGAGCUGUGCGCCCUCAAGCCUCCACCACCAUGGCAUCCGAACGAGGACAACAGGGAGGCUGACGACGCAAGCGAGGAAUUCGCAGAGACAAGAGCACCUCUCUCGCCUCUCCAUCUUCCAUUCCCAUCUCCACCACCGAACACGACGCCAUGGUUACGAGUUGUCGUCGCUCCCUCUCUUCGUUACUACUACAAGCGCACCAGCUACAUAUCCCACCCCACCUCCACCAUCGACGAGGAGAACCACGAGAAAAGGUCAGACCCACCUUAG